CGACCUCGCACAUUGCGCUGGCGAGUAGACGUUCUUCUUUUCCCUCUUCUUCCAGAAACCGCGAUUUUGUUACACCGCAUCCCCUCAAAGAGCCGCCAUUUCGACCGAGGAAAGACUGAAAACCACCACCAUGACGACCGACUCCGCCGCUGCCGACCCUGCGACCAGGGUCAAAUCCGCCGCUUCGACGGUAUCCGACGUCGGGUACCCUCACGGCCAUCUGGGCCACCUCAGCGAGCACGAGGAGGCGCAGUUAGCCGCCUUCAAGACACUGGUAGAGGAGAAGGGGCUGUACAAGCCUGGCCCGCCAGCGUCCCACGACGACCCGACUCUACUCCGAUACCUGCGCGCCCGAAGAUGGGUUCCCGAGGACGCCCUGACGCAGUUCAAAGAUACGGAGGAUUGGCGCGCCGCCAACGACAUUGACGUGCUCUACGAGACCAUCGACCUUGACGCUUUCGAGCAGAGCCGCCGGCUGUACCCCCAAUGGCUCGGUCGUCGAGACAAGCGCGGCAUUCCCGUCUACCUGUUUGAGGUCAAGACGCUUGACAACAAGGCCAUCUCCAACUACGAGAAGCUGGGCAAGGACUCGAGCUUCAGCAAGGCCAAGUUCGACGGCAAGACCCCGGCCGGCAUGUUGCGCCUCUUUGCGCUCUACGAGAACCUCACGCGCUUCACCCAGCCCUUGUCCACGCAGCUCCAGGACCGCGAGCACCGCGAAACCCCGAUCACGCUGAGCACCAACAUUGUGGACAUCUCCGGGGUCAGCCUGAAGCAGUUCUGGAACCUCAAGUCGCACAUGCAGGCCGCCAGUCAGCUCGCGACGGCGCACUACCCUGAGACGCUAGACCGCAUCUUCAUCAUCGGCGCGCCCGUGUUCUUCUCCACCGUCUGGGGCUGGAUCAAGCGCUGGUUCGACCCCAUCACCGUGUCCAAGAUCUUCAUCCUGAGCCCCCACGAGGUGCUGCCGACCCUCGAGCAGUUCAUCGAGCGACGCAACAUCCCGAAGCAGUACGGCGGCGAACUCGAGUUCAAGUUCGGCGACCAGCCGACGGUCGACCCGGCGUGGGAGGGCGUGGUGCGGUGGGAGAACGGCCACAGCUCUUUUAAGUCGCGGCCCGCCAUUUGGCGCGAGAACGAGGACGGCACCCGCGUAGAGUGCGUCGGCAUUGGCAGCGUCAACGGCGUCGAGCAAAAGGAGCUCAUCUGCUCCGUCCCCAAGGCGUGGCCGUCCAAGACGAGCGCGCCAGCGGCCGAGCCAACGCCCGCUGCCACGCCCGUAACCAAGGAGGGCAGCGUGACGGAGGGAACGCAGACGGCGCCGGCGUCGGAGAUGCAGAGGCUGUCCAUCUCCGAUACCAAGGAGAUCGCCGAGAAGCACACCGAGGGCAGCACGGCGUCGCCGCCCACGGGAGCGGCAUAGACAUCUUCGGUCUGAAUCGUUAGAAGCUGUGAUCACACACUUGGUUGGGCAUUACAGCAUCGGUCUGUUUUGUAAUUUGGGUGCGGCUUACGAAAUACCCCAGAGGGCGCUGGCCCUCUUCAAGGGAACGAACGGGAGCAGGAUCUUCGGGUGAGGCAACAUGGGCUGGAGUUUUUAAACAUAUAAUAACGAUAUGUUCAAGGCAUCAUUUUAAUUCAAAACAUGGUAUCUCAUGACGUCGCAUCGUCCCAUCUACCGAGGACCCUGGGUCUCAUGCAGGGCCACCUCUAGAUUCGAUCAUCCCAUCUGUGACAGCACGGUCCCCGGGUCCAUUUCGUCCGUGUGUAGUCUAUAUGUGGUGUUGUAAAUGAUGUGUACGCAGGCAGACAAAGCCUAAUACCGCCCCAACGCCCCUCUAGCAAAAUCCCAAAAGCCUCCCCCUAUUGUCUAUCUCCGCCACAACCGCCGC